AUGGAAGUGCUUCUGGCAUAUCAAAUGGAAGUGCUGGAAAACCUGAAGAAGGCAGAAAAAAACUAUAAAAAGACACCGAAAGAACGGAUUAAAAAACCAUAUUUGGAAACCAGAUUGGACAAUUUGGAGCAACUGUGGACAGUGUUUAAAGAUGGCCACAAGUCUAUUAUAGGCAAGGUGACCUUGAAGGACAAACAGCAUUCAUACUUCACGGAAGAUAUAUAUGAAGAGUUCGAGGAAUUAUAUGUAUCAUACAAAACUUUAUUGAAAGAAGCCCUGCAGCCUUAUGUCGCGUCAACGAGUGAAACUUCGUCCGUAACACCAAAAUUAAGUGCUGAACAAACGAGUGAGUCAGACAAACCCGUGAGUACACCUAUUUCAACAAAUUUUUCGAGUAGAGGUUUAGAACCGAGUCAAGUUUUGUUAGCUACUGUGUCUGUUUGGGCGUACAAUGAGUACGGGUACAAACAACAGUUAAGAGGAUUAUUAGAUCAAGGGUCGCAAGCGUCUUUUGUUAGCGAGUCAGUUGUUCAAUUGCUUGGACUUUCCCGUAAACAUGUUAGCGGUUCGGUUUCCGGUAUAGGUGGCGGUAGCCACACGAAUGUCAAGCACAUGGUUUCUCUUCGAGUGGUAUCACGUCAUAACCCUGAGGUUUCAAUCCAAGUAAAUGCAUAUGUUUUGCGAUCUGUUACGUCAUUGCUUCCUUCAACCGAGUUACAUUCACCUGAUUGGCUACAUUUAGAUAAAAUACCGCUAGCCGAUCCAGGUUACGCCACACCUAGUAAAAUUGAUAUUCUUCUUGGAGCAGAAGUAUACAGCGAGAUUUUAUUGGAUGGUAUUGUGCGUCACAAUAAAAUAUUGGCACAAAACACUACCCUAGGUUGGGUAUUAUCAGGGAGGGUGUCAAAAAAUUCAACUUCUGCUGAUAAUGGAAUAAUCACCAUGCAUUUACACUUAAGUGGAGAAGAACUGCUUAGAAAAUUUUGGGAAAUGGAAAAUGAGCCCAACCUGAUACAGAAGAAGAUGACAGACACAGAAAAACAAUGUGAAGAAUUUUAUGACAAAACAACAACACGAGAUAAAGAAGGAAGAUUUAUAGUUAAAUUACCUUUUGAUAAAGAAGAUCCAGAGUGUCAAUAUGGAAAAUCAGUAAUAAUAGCUACAAGAAGAUAUGAGUAUUUAGAAAGGAAAUUACAGCAAGAUCCUACCCUAAAGGAAACAUAUAACAAUGUUCUACAAGAAUAUCUUACAAUGAAUCAUAUGACACCAAUAAAAAAAGAAGACGUAGAUAAUCCCAAAGCAGUUUAUCUCCCUCACCACGCCGUGGUUCGACAAGAUAAAGACACCUCAAAAGUGAGAGUAGUUUUCGAUGGGUCAUGUAAAGGAUUAAACAACUUUUCGCUUAAUGAUAAUCUGAUGGUGGGUCCCAAGUUACAACAGGAUUUGAGACACAUUCUAAUGCGUUGGAGAAGCCACAGGAUAUGCAUAGUAGCAGAUAUCGUUAAGAUGUUUAGAAUGGUGAAAGUCAAUUCUGAGGACACAGACUUUCAAAGAAUUGUAUGGAGACCACAAGCAAACGAGCCGUUACAACAUUUCAAAUUAUUGCGAGUGACCUUUGGUACUGCGUGCGCACCAUAUUUGGCUGUAAAAACCCUUCAAAGGUUAGCUGAUGAAGAACAUGCAAGAUUUCCUACUGCAUCAAGUAUUACAAAGAGGGACUUCUAUAUUGACGAUCUCUUGACUGGCUGUGAGACACUACCAGAGGCUGUACACAUAUAUAAUGAAAUGAACAAGUUGAUGAACAGUGGCGGCUUUGAACUGCAAAAGUUUAGUAGCAAUAAUCAAGACUUAUUGACACAUAUAGGAAAGGACAAUCACAGUAGCGACGAUUCAUUUAGAUUAAAAUCAAGCGCUGUCAUGAAGGUAUUAGGCUUAAAAUGGCAUAAGAACAUAGACUGUUUUCAGUAUUCACUAGAAUUACCAGACGUUACACAACCUGUUACUAAACGGCAGGUAUUGUCGGAUGUGGCCCGACUGUACGACCCAUUAGGAUGGAUUGCGCCCGUGAUCAUCAAGGCAAAAAUAUUUAUCCAAAAGCUGUGGAAGUCGAAGCUUGAUUGGGACGAUGUACUGACUACAGAUUUAACGAAUGAAUGGUCACAAUUUAGAGAAAGUUUGAUAUAUUUACAUAAUAUAAACAUACCACGAUGGUAUUGUUUUAGUCCAGGGUCAAAGGUUGAGUUGCAUGCAUUUGGUGAUGCUUCAAAGGUAGCGUAUGGCGCUGCUGUUUACAUUCGUGUUAUUAAUAAUAACAACGAAAUCUGUGUAAGUUUGGUAUCAGCAAAAAGCAAAGUGGCCCCUAUUGAGAAGGAGAUAUCAAUUCCUAGAUUGGAACUAUGUGGUGCAGCUCUAGCAGCAAAAUUAUUAUUUGAAGUUUCACAAAUAAUGAACAUUCCGAAGGACAACUGGUAUGCGUGGUCCGACUCAACAAUAGUUCUAGCCUGGCUAAGAGCGGGUCUAGCCGCUGGACUACCUUUGUGA